AGAAAAAGUGAGGCGGUUCUUGCAAAAGCAAGGUCUUCCAUUAGAGAAGCUGCUGCAAAUAAGGCUCGGUUGAUAGGAGAUAACGAGUAUAUUCCACAAGGGCCAGUUUACUGGAAUGCUAAUGCAUUUCUUAGAAGCUAUCAAGAAAUGGAAAGGGUGUUCAAAAUUUAUGUAUAUGAGGAAGGAGAAAUGCCCAUAUUCAGGGCCGGACGGGCCUGCAUAUUCCACAAUGGGCCAUGCAAGAGUAUAUACUCCACAGAGGGAAAUUUUAUGUAUGAGAUAGAGAGGAGUGUGGUUUAUCGAACACGCGAUCCGAGGCGAGCCGAUGUGUUUUUCUUGCCUUUGAGUGUUGCUGUGAUGGUUCAGCAUCUGUAUGAGCCAGGAAGCAAGGACAGGGAAGCCUUAGUAAAAAUUGUUUCUGAUUACGUGCAAAUGGUUUCUGUGAGGCAUCCCUUUUGGAAUUCUAGCCUUGGUGCUGAUCAUUUCAUGCUUUCUUGCCAUGAUUGGGGUCCAUUCUCAACAAGGCAUGUUCCAAACUUAUUUCACAAUUCAAUAAGAGUUCUGUGCAAUGCCAAUACUUCAGAAGGCUUCAACCCUCUGAAAGAUGUAUCAUUACCUGAGAUCAACCUCAAGACAGGGCAAGAGAGCGACUGGCUUCUUGGUGGCACUCUGCCUCUGCACCGCCAGUUCCUGGCCUUCUUCGCAGGCAGCUUGCACGGCCGCAUAAGGCACCUUCUCUUGGGGCAUUGGAAAGGCAGAGACCCCCAAAUCAAGGUCUAUGAUGAGCUCCCAACAGAUGUUUCUUAUGAAUCCAUGUUGAGGAGCAGUAGGUUCUGCCUCUGUCCAAGUGGCUAUGAAGUUGCUAGCCCGCGAGUGGUGGAGGCCAUCUACUCGGAGUGCAUCCCGGUUUUGAUAUCUGAUGGGUACUUGCCACCACUCGGUGAUGUGCUCAACUGGAGCGAGUUCUCGCUAGUGAUAGAGGUGAAGAAUAUAGCGAAUAUUAGGAAGAUACUGACGAGCAUUUCAGAAGAGAAAUAUCUUAGGAUGUAUGAGAGGUUAAGGCAAGUGCAGAAGCAUUUUGUUAUGAAUAGACCACCUAAAAGAUUUGAUCUUUUUCACAUGAUUGUACACUCUGUUUGGCUUAGGAGGAUGAAUAUCAGAAUAACAAACAUGUGA